AGCACAGCCAUGAAAAGCAGGGAACAGAAACUACACUGAAACAGUUUCUUUAAGAUCGUCCAGCAGACUGGCAAAGAGAAAUCAACACUUUUGAGAGUCAUUCAGUGUGUAUGUGUGUAUGAGGUGUUAUGUGCAUCCAGGUGCCACUGAUAGUAGAUUUUUGUUCAUGUGAGAAUAUCUGAGAAUUUAUCCAAGACUUUUAAAAGACAAUCUUCACAGCGAAGGUUUCAGGAGAAAAUGCUCCAAUGGAUAACUUCCAGAAAUUUAUCCCAGUCACUUUUAUCCUAUUUGCCUCACUAACAGACGGAGGCGAAGGAAGGAAGGAAGAGAAGAGCAAGAAAUAAGAGCCAAAGUCAUAUCCCUACAGCUGAUGGUUUUAAAAUGAAGGCCACCAGUGGAAGAAAGUGAGUGAAGAGAAUGAGGGAGACCACAGAGAAUCUACAUUUGCAUUUGAUGGAGCAUAAGAGACUAAGUUCUGCGUACAUAUCUGAAUUUGAGUAAAAGAAGGACAUUGAAGUGGUUUUGGACAUUCUACACAGAACAAUCCUAGCCAGAGGAUUAAGCUCCCAAGGAACCCGCGCCUCUGAAGUAUGUAAACUUGCCUUUGUACAUGUGCCACCAUGUAUGUUUUUAAUUCCUUGCAUGGGUAGAAGCCCAACACUUUAAUUUUAGAAGAUCAAGCUAAUUUCCCUAUCAAGAGUACGUGGGGAAAAAGAGAAAGAGCUGUCUCUUUAAUACCAUUUUUUUUUCUCUUCCCCACAUUCUAGGAAAGAACCUCUAGUUUGAGCUGAGAAUAACUGCUAGAGAAUGGCACUAUCUAAGAUGGCUUUGAAGAGAUUCAAAAUGAUUUUGUUUUUAAUUGUAGUAUUGACCUCUACUUGUUUGUAUUUGAUUGAAAACGGUAUAUUCUGUUUAAAGGAGGAAGAGGCCACGUCACUGACUUUUAUAAAAGAGAGUGGAAAGUUUUUGCAGUUGCCAGAUAUAGACUGCAGUAGGACUCCUCCGUUCCUGGUACUCCUUGUGACAUCGUCACAUGGCCAAAAUAAAGCUAGGAUGGCUAUCCGUCAAACAUGGGGGAAACACAGACUAGUUGCUGGCAACCGCAUUGUGACAUAUUUUCUUCUGGGAACCACCAUGAAUCAAAAUGAUCAAACUGGUAUUAUUGCUGAAAGUCAGAAUUACAGAGAUAUUAUCCAGAAGGAUUUUAUAGACACAUAUUACAAUUUGACUUUAAAGACAAUGAUGGGAAUUGAAUGGGUUCACAAAUUUUGUCAUCAAUCCAGGUUUGUGAUGAAAACUGACUCAGAUAUGUUUGUCAAUAUCUUUUACCUGACUGAACUUCUUUUAAGAAAAAACAGAAGUACUAGAUUCUUCACAGGCUUUUUAAAGACGAAUGAGCUCCCAAUAAGAAAUAGAUGUAGUAAAUGGUAUGUGAGUAAAGAUGAAUAUCCAGGAAGCACGUAUCCUCCAUUUUGUUCAGGGACUGGUUAUGUUUUCUCCACUGAUGUUGCUAGUCAAGUUUAUAAUAUUUCAGAAAGUAUCCCGUUUAUUAAACUGGAGGAUGUUUUCAUAGGACUGUGUCUUGCUAAACUAAAAAUCAAUCUGGAGGAACUUCAUUCAGAACCGACAUUCUUCCCAAGCAGGGUUGUGUUCUCUCUUUGGCACUUCAAGAAAAUUGUGACAUGCCAUCACGUGAAACCUCAUGACCUGCUGAUCUACUGGAAUGCACUGGAGAGCUCAAUGGAUGAAAAAUGCCCAGAUGUAUGAAAUAGCUGAGCUAACAAAGUGACACAAAAAAGCUACAGGACCAGCCUUUAGUAGGCUUACCACCUGGCCAGUAUUUGACUAGCCUGGCCCUUUUUUUAUGGAUUUGCCAGGUGCCAGAAAAAUAAUUUAAUCUGCCUUUUUUACAUGUGUCUAAAGAUUUGCAUUAAUAUCACCACAUUACACUCGGAUGUCUAAUGUUAAAAGUUUCUGUGUCCAGCUAAAGAUGCUGCAGUGUUCCCACUUCUGCAGCUUAAGUAAGAAAAUGAUGUUAUCAAUCUUAUCUAUAUGUGCUCUCUCACUAGAUACUGUAAAUGGCUACUGGGGGCAGGAUGUGCAGAAUUGUCUUCUGGGUGGUGCCGUUUUUUUUGCAUUUCAAAGGUGGUAACCCUAGCCUUUAGUCAGGCAAAACUUGGCCACUGAAGUUAGGCUGGGGACUUGUACAGUCAAAGAGACACUGAUAAAUAUUUUAAUCUCUUGCCCCUCUGCAAAUUUGCUGGUAUUUAUUUGCAAACACUGGAUUUUCUUGCAGGGCACAAACCAACAAAACUGCUUUGUCUCAGUACGAACACUUACAGUAAUGUCAGCAGAAGGCAGGGAAUGCUUACCUAUCAGUUGGUUCUCUCUAUCAUUUUCUCUGUUUCCUAACAUUAAAAGUUUACAGUCCAAAGUCCAUUCCCUGACACAUUAUAACAAGGUUAGGCCACACUCCUGUAAUGAGCUCUGUGUGAGCAGAGACAUGCAUCUGCAUGAAAUCCUUUACACUGCUGAAGUUGAUGGGGCUUUGCACAGGUGUACAGAUCUACCUAUUCAGAGCCUGUUGCAGGAGCAGGGUCUUAAGUUCCAUAGGUUAACUUCUGAACCUUUAAGAUCACUGCAUUAGUUUUCUAUUAUACAUUUCACAUUUAAAAUCAUGCAUACAGGGCUUAAUUGAGAGCCCAAUGGAAAGAAAAAAUCAACAGUGCUGACAGAAUAUUGGAGUUGGUAAAUAAAUAAUGUAUUUCAACAUGCUAUAUUCCCCCUUCAAUAGAAGGUGUAUUUUUGAAUUCAGAGGAAUUAGUAAAUCCUGCAAAAUUCUAAACUCAAACAUCACAUUUCCCUUUAUGCUGAGAUUGUCAAAGGGGCUGAAGAGAAUGAGGUGCCGCCAUCAUAUUAAUGGGAUUUGGGUACUGACUCCAUCAGUCUCUUUUCAAAACCCCAGCCUCAAUUGUUAUAAUUAUACUCAGGACAUAUAUGUAAAAGCGGAAUGAACAAAAAGGCUAUUUGUAUAUAGGGUAUUUGAUGUAACAAAAUGUGAUUGUUUUAAAUAUGUCUAUUCUCCCCUUGAAUUAGCACCUGAAACUUUUUUAAGGCUGAUAUAAAAAGUAGGACAGUCUUUACAUUAUUUGCAUAGAACAUAUAAAUAUCAAAGUAACAAAACUUAAUGUAUGAUACUAUUUUAAUAAAAGAUUAUUACAGCU